UGCGUGGACUGCAAUACCAAGAACCCACAAUGGGCCUCGGUAUCGUAUGGUAUCUUCAUGUGCCUGGAGUGCAGUGGAAAGCACAGGGGCCUUGGCGUGCACCUCAGCUUUGUCAGGUCUGUCACGAUGGACGCUUGGUCGGGUGAUCAGUUGAGGAAGAUGCAACUUGGAGGGAACGACGCAUUGAAUUCUUUCCUGAAGAAGUACUCUGUGGACAAAUUCACAGACAUAAAGGAGAAGUACAGUAGUCAGGCAGCUGAG